AUGGUUUUUCUUCGCAUUUUUCGCGCCGCACGUACGUAUAAAGUGACAAGUAUGUUAAUUGGAUUUGGAGCCUCGGCAGUUGGUGUAGGUACAGCUUUAGGAUUUUCGUUCGUGACAGCGCGCGAGAGAAAAGUGGACACUUCCAAAUUUAUGGCGGAACCAUUAACAGAAUCUCAGACUCUAGAGAACAGCAUGGACGACAUGAAAAGCAGGAUGGAGGUCAUGAUUCUCGGCGUUCAGGCCGACAUUUGUCGGAAACUUGCAGAAAUCGAUGGGAACGACUUCCAUGUGGAUCGCUGGCUGAGAAACGAAGGUGGCGGUGGAAUAAGCUGUGUUUUGCAAGAUGGUAAGGCUGCAUAAGAAAAGGAAUAACCGCGACGAUUUUUCCAGGACAUCUUUUUGUGGCAUGAGAACACCGUUCAAUCCCAAGUAGGGGCAUGAAGUUGCAAAUUUGUUUCGAAAACUCAGCCUUCUGGUUAUCUCUCUGAUAGACUGCUUGCCUUAGAUUUGAAUGCUACUCUGCUGACCCUAGUAGCAAGUGACAAAAUAUUUUCCCUUUUUUUUUGUAAAAUUACCCUAUGUCCUCUUUCUUUGCCCACCACUCAUGGAGGAAUGGUUUAGGCAAAGGUGAAAUCUGCAAAAAAGACUGAGGUGAGAUUUCUGCACAGUUUCAUACUUCAUUGGACAUAACAGUUCUUGAAAAGAAAAGAAAAGUAAGUGAUAGAUUGCCUUUAGGACCACAGCUUUGUUUCAGAAUAGUAUGGUGUUGUUUGGAAAUCACACUAAAGACUGAUACAAAUUGCUGUUAGAGCCUGCAGCUUGCUGCUGGCUGAUCCAAAAGUGACUGCAUACAUUUACUUGGUGAUUUUCCAUUAGCUACCUUUUCAGCUUGUUGGUGUCCAAGAGUCUUGGGUGCAAUUCCUCAAGGGGGGAUCUUUCUAGUCCCCCAGUCUCAACAAAAAAAAAUGACAUCUUUUCUUACUUGACAACCUGGAAAAAAAUUUUUUUCUGUCCUAAAGCUGUACCUUGCUCUGUAAUUUUGCAGGAAAGGUGUUUGAGAAGGCUGGUGUAAAUGUUUCUGUUGUUUAUGGCAAUCUGUCACCCGCAGCUGUGGAACAGAUGAAAAGUAGGGGUAAUAAACUUCAAGGAAACAAGUUUCCAUUUUUUGCGGCAGGGAUAAGUUCUGUUAUUCAUCCACGCAAUCCAUUUGUUCCAACUCUUCACUUCAACUAUCGCUAUUUUGAAGUCCAAGAAGAAAGUGGCAAGAAACACAGUUGGUUUGGUGGUGGAACUGAUCUUACACCUUAUUACCUAGAUCAAGAGGUAGAUGAGAAGAAUUUAAGUUUGUUGAUAAGCUCUCAUUUCUUUACUCUUUAACCCUUAAAAGUGAUAAAAGUUUAACUGUAACUCCCAAGAUCUGGUUGUCAAUUCUCCUCUCUUGCUACCACACAUUUCCUUGUAAAUGAGAAUUUGGUGUUAUAUCAAGAUACCAACUACUACCUGAUAAGUCUGAGUAUUCUCAUUACCUGUUUGCUGGAUAAUGUAUGGAUCUUAUAGAGAGAAGUUUCAUGUUAAUCACUUCUGGGAGUUAAAGGGUUAAGUCUGUACUCAAGCCUAGUAGCCCAUCUAGCUGGAGGUUAUCCCAUGUUCCUCAGCAUGAAGGGACCAAGAGUAUUUUUACUCCCCAUUGGGUGGGAUGCCAAUCCGUUACAAGGUAAUCCCCCCCAGCAUUUCAUCAGGCUUCCCUUAAAAAUUUACCGGUACUCAUUUAUACUCCUUAGUGGAGAGAGACACUCUGGGAGUAAAGCAUUUUUCUUAAGAACACAACACAUUGACCUGACCAGGACUUAAACCUAGACCUCUCAAUCCUAAGUUCAGCACUCUUACAAUCAGGCCACUAUGCCUAGUCUCCCACAACCUCAUAGAGUGACUAACAUUUAACUUCUCCCAAAAGUAUCACCCUUGAGUCAAACAUUGAGGCUAUGAGAAUAAAGGGAAUGAUAAAAAAAUUGAGGAACUCUUUGAUUCUAGGAGUCAUUAACCCUUUAACUCCAAGAUCAAAUUUGUAAUUCUCCAUACUGUCAACCAUUCAAUUCUUAUCAUUUUAGUUCAGAGAAUUUAGUAUUGGAUCAACUAAUUAUUUGGCUCGAUUGUAGGAAUCAAUUUAUUUUGAGUGCUUGAGAUAGCUUUUUAUGGUGGAAGAAUGUUGAAUCUUUGUUUUCUGUCUUAGGAUGUAAAGCAUUUUCAUAGGACUUUGAAGGACUUCUGUGAUAAGCAUGACCCAUCUUAUUAUCCAACAUUUAAGAAGUGGUGUGAUGAUUAUUUUGUUGUGAAGCAUAGAGGUGAGUCAUACUCAGUGGUCUGAAAAGUUUCCUAAAAAAAUAAUAACAAGAUGCAGAACAGCUUAGAUUGACCAAGAAAGAGGAUGAAACAUAACUGAGCUCUAAGAAGAAUUAUAGGGUGCCUGUCAAGGCUCUUUUUUCAGAAGUCUGGGGUUCCAGGGUCUUAGAGCUUGUGAAGUUCACUAAAAAAAGUUAUGCAGGUUGCUUAAAGAUGAAAGUUGGUUGCUUGUGGGGCAAGAACAUAAGAAGACACCUCUGUGCUACACUUGCAUCUCUGGGCUGAGUAGUCUGAAGCAGGGUGGCAGUUAGGCUAGGUUUAUCUCAGAAGCACAGAUUGCAUCUUAACUAGACUCAGGAUUCAAUUAAUAGUUUGAACUUAACAAUUAUGGUAAUGGACUAUUGUUGACCACAAGUAACUGAUGGUUAAAAUAUCUUAAUGGAAGCCAUCCUAAAAGUCAAGUCAAGUCAUUAAUCCUCUAACCUUUACGAGUGAUUAGCAUCUAAUUUCUCUAUACAUUAUCACUGCUGACUCAAGCAUAAAGGUUAUGAGAAUACAUGAAUUUACCACCCACUCAAGAAGCUCUUGAUUGUUGAUCAAAUUCUCCCUGUCAGCACCAUAGGGAAUGGACAGAGAACAGUGUAAAGAUGACACCUGCUUAGGUUGUUGACACACCUCUCACUGCCAUUGACAACAAUCAUUUUCAGGACUGCCCUGUACCUUUAAUCCAGGAGUGAAUUCCACACCUUGAAUAGUUACCUUCAGUUGACAGUUUGCAACUAAAAUUUUUCAUGUUCACCGAGUAGAAGCAAUCAUGUCAAGCCAAAAUAUAACUCUCUAAGUCUAUAUCUUAUGCACAAGUCUUCUGAAGCUUAGUGUUUCUUUCUUCAUAACAGGCGAAUGUCGAGGUGUUGGGGGCAUAUUCUUUGAUGACCUUGACAAACCCUCACAGGAUCAGAUUUUCAAGUUUGUUCAGGCUGGAGCCAAUGCUGUUCUGCCUGGCUAUGUUCCUAUGGUUUUAAAACACAAAGAUGAUCCAUACACUGAAAGUGAACGGCAGUGGCAGUUGUUACGGAGAGGACGGUAAGUUUUAUCUGGCCUUAGAACUCUUCUCUAAGAACUCUAUGUGGACAUGUUAACUUUUAAAUUACAGUGCAAUAUCCUGCUUUCAUUCUUUCAGGACCAAGGUGUUUCAUUCUAAGAUUUAUAAACAACCACAUAUGAAGCAAUUAAGUCAUGCCAUUUAAAUUGCUAAACAACAUUGUUAAUCAGCAGAAUAUCGACCAGUUAUUAAAUAAGAUGUGCUGUAGAAAUUCAAAAGAUUUUCCUUUUCCUCAUGUGUGUUUCAUUAAACAGAUUCCUAUAAUUGUUUCAAUUUUUUAUGUGCUUGUAAAUUUUGCAUAAUAGCUUUUUUUUUUGCUUUCUUUUCCUUUAAUAUUGCAUGGAAUGUUCGUAUUUUUUCUUUUUUUAAAAUAAUUGCUGCUUGGAAUACCUACUUGAGGGGAUAAUGUUACUGAGAUGAAUGCAGAUUUUCAUUUAAGGUUUUGAUACUAGAAAGGUGAUGGCAUGUAGGUUGAAGUUUAUUGGUAUUAUUUUUCCUCUGUUAAGAUUACUGUUUCAAUUAAUAUAUCUCCUACUUACUAAGGAGGUUUGUACUAUAAGGUGCAGACUGAGUUUUUUCCGGCCUGGAUUUAUGGCCUCAGGGCAAAGUAUGAAAGCCAUUAAUCUGAGCAGAGAAACAAGGUCCCAUAACCUACAAUAUGGAUUGAUAAAUAAGAGUAGUGAUUUAUUAAUAUAUCCCCAGGUUCAAACAGAGAGGAAAGAUUUCAAUUCAAAGAAACUUUUGAAUUGAGCAAGCUAUACAGUGAAAUACAGCCUGCUAAAUUGUUCAAUCAUAGUGCAUGUUCUAACUGAGAGAUUUUUGGAUUUUUGAUUUUCCUCAUCUCACAGAUACGUGGAAUUUAACUUGGUUUAUGACCGUGGCACCAAGUUUGGUCUGUAUACACCUGGUGCUCGCAUAGAAAGCAUUCUGAUGUCACUUCCCCUGGAGGCACGCUGGGAGUACAUGCAUGCACCAGCAAAAGGUACUAGAGAAGACGAAUUGCUGCAAGUCCUGCAGACUCCUAAAGACUGGGUUCAAUAGGCAGUAAAUGCAUGUUUGUUUACUCAGGAAGCAACGUUUUGGAGGCAAAUGGUACAACCUUGGUAGAGAGUAACUCAAUAACUCCUGGAAGUGAUGGACAUAUACUGGUAACUUUUCCUUAUAACAUCAAGGCAGUAUCCAGUAACCUGUGAACAGGCCCCCACUAUGAGAGCUUUAUUAGAGUGUUUCUCCCUCCCCCUUUAGUGCCAGAUCUUCAGCAAACCUCUUUCUUCCCCCCCCCCCCCCACUUGUCUCAAUAUAAUCUUCCUCAGGGCAGAGAAAUCCUUCUUGAAGCAUUUUUAAUGAGGCGUGCUCAUGAGCUAAGUAUCUAGUAAACUUAAGUUGAGAACAUACAGACAUUUGCCAGAGGGUGUUGUCUUGAUUAAACAAUAAAUUCUCUUAACCAUUGAGUAAGCAAAUGCACAGCUGCCUGAAAGGAGAAUUGCCAAUUAGAUCUUAGGAGGUUUCACAAGGAACUAUCAUGGUAGUGAAAAUUCAAAGUAAAAACAAGCCAACUGCCCAGAACUUGGGAAAACAUAAGUGACCAAGUCACAGUUUGUUUUAGUUUUGAAUCUCAUUGGUUGAGAAAAUUGAUACUGUAAGGAGAAAUCAGAUGCCAAUCAUCCUUUGCGUUCAAAGAGAUAAAGCCAAAAUUUCAAGCUCGGAAGGGAGACACUCCCUAUUGGGUAAAAAUGGAACAUUGUUAUUGACCACACGUGAUGUUGAUUGAAAAUAAAAUCGUGCAAUUUCUUACGGGAACAUGAACACC